AUGGGCAACCUGAAAUCAGUUCGGCUUACUUUCAAUUGUCUUGGUGCUGGAUUCAGGGAUUAUCAAGCAGCCAUUGCUAUGUUGGAGGAAUUGGGCAGAGUGGCAUCAUCACAUGCAGGAAUCAAGUCCGUUUCUCUCGCAGUUACUUUUACCAGCUUGAAUUCAGCGCUCAUGUCCGUUAUGGCACAAAUACCACAUCUCAGGCAGAUUGAGGUUUAUACACCAGUGAUAGAUUCAUCCCUUUUUGCUUUGCUUUGCAAACAUGCAUCGGAUUUGGAAACAAUGAAAUUAUGGGGGUGUCCUUUGAACCUGACCGAAGACAUGUUUUUCUUAUUGGCGAGGAAACGGUUGCAUCACCUUCAUUUCAGGUCAUCAUCCCUCCAACCGAGUACCAUGAGUGGAAAGGGGUUAAGACAUUUGAUUGAUCAUUGUGAAGGUUCCUUGGAUACAAUGGCUAUCAUGGGCACUAUACAACCGGAUGAUGGCGGUGACUGCAUUGAUUAUGCACGUCGAAUAUUGGGAUCACGCUUCAAACGUUCACGACAUAGAAGACUCUGGAGAUUCAUAUAG